GACAGUCCAAACCAUAACAGUGUUGAAUAUAAAUUAUUAAAUCAAAAGAUAAUUCAAAUAUAUUUUAUAAAUCCAUAAGUGUGACCAAUAAAUCUACAUGCUAUAUGAUCUGCAGUUCUGAUAAACUCAUGGUAAACUUAAGAAAUACUUAAAUGAAUAAUAAAGCAGUUGAAUUAGAAAUGCAAAAAUGAAUUUGAUCAAGACAUCAAGUUUGUAACAGCUCCCCUUAUAAGGAGUUGGUACAUACAGAUAGAUAUUACUUUAAAAAAAGUUUCAACUCUUCCAUCAUGGAUAGUAAUGAUAUUGUUGAAAACAGUAGUGUUUCAGAUUUAAUUAUAAAACUUUGUAAUAACUUGGCAAAAAAUAAUCAAGCUUUAGCACCAACAUUAUGUAGAGUGGCCUUUAACUUUUUAUCAUCAAAAUCUACAACGCUAGGAGCUAGUAAUGUGGUUGAUGAAUCUUAUAUUGUGUCUCAAAUAAAACAAAAACUCACGACUCAGUCAAAAGAAAAAGUCGACAAAUUUGAAGUACUGUAUUCAAAACUAUGUGAAUCUACUAUACUAAACAAUAGAUACGCCUAUUUGUGUUUUUUAUACAACAUAUCGGAUGAUGGAUUAAGACCAUCUGAAGUACCUUCUUGGAGUUCAAUCUCCAAGGACUUGGAAAGAAUCAAAUCGCAUAUUAGUCUCACACCGUCCAAUUCCCAAGAAAGUGCUAAACAUUUUUCAGAUAUCCAAGACAGAAAAAAGUAUAGUAAUGGGUCACACUCAGGCCAUUUUAGUAGUUUAGCGAUUACAAGGGCUCAUUCACAAACAACAACCAUAUCAUCACACUGGUCUAAGAAUGAUAUUCCAAGUUCUUCUAAAGUUAUUAGUUUGUCAGCAGUAACGGAACAGGAUUUACUAUUAGACGUUAUGUAUUCAUUCCAAGGUAUCGAAGGAAAGUUUCUUAGAAAAGAACCGGGUGGUAUGGGUUUCACAAUAGAUCCUAAGGCCUGUAAACAUCUAACACCAUUUCAAAAAGGAAUUCUCGAACGGUUAACGGGAACGAGCUUCCUUCAUAACCAGUUAAAAAGGUAUUGUGAAGAGAAUGAAAAACAAAGAGGAAUCAUUUCUCAAGCGUUGAUAGCAACCCUAAGCGAUGAAUUAUCUGAAUAUUAUAAAACUGUUGCUUUAUUACAAGCUGGUAUAAGCAAACAAGCAACUUGCGAAAACUCUGAAAUGACUCUAAAAAGAGCUAUGUACGUAAUGUAUGAUUCUCGUACAAAGUUUGAAUGGUUGGCCUACAUAUCAGAACAAUGCAGCGAUAAGAAAGGUGGUGCUCUUAUAACAGCUAUCCAUGGUUUCCUUCAACAUGGUUCAAAAUGCGCUAGGGAGGUUUCCGAAACAGUUUUAAAAUCAGUUUGUAAACCAUUGUAUGUCAUGUUGUCACGAUGGCUGCUAGACGGGGAAAUUAAUGAUCCUUAUAAUGAAUUUUUCAUAGAAGCUAAAACGAUAAAAACUGCAGAACGGUUAUGGCACGACAAAUAUAAUGUACGGCAGUCUAUGGUACCUUCUUUUAUAACUAUGAGCCAAGCCAAAAAGAUUCUAGCUGCUGGAAAAAGUAUAAAUUUUUUGAGGCAGAUAUGCAAAGAUGGUGGCCAAUUGCCUGGAAGAGAAUCUCUACAAAAAUUAUUUAAAAAUAGCACAGCCGAAGCUCUCUUUGCACCAGAACAAAGUAUAGAAUUUCACGCUACACUAGAAAAUGUUUACAAAGAAACCUCUGUGAGGGUGUUAGAUUUGCUUCAAAAUAAAUAUAAGUUAUACGAACAUUUACAAUCUCUUCGAAGAUAUCUGCUACUGGGACAGGGUGAUUUUAUAAGACAUCUUCUAGAACUUUUAGCACCAGAACUGAACAAGCCCGCCGAAAAUAUUUAUGGGCACACCUUAUCUGCCAUACUAGAAUCAGCCAUUAGGGUAACAAAUGCACAGUACGAAGACGAAGAUACACUUAAACGUCUUAAUGUUAGUUUUAUGAGCCAUUCUUCUGGAGACACCGGAUGGGAUGUUUUUAGUCUUAUGUAUAUUGUAGACGGCCCGAUAGGAACCAUAUUUCAACACACUAUGCCGACAUACCAGAGCCUUUUUGGAGCUUUAUGGAAAGCGAAGAGGACAGAAUAUGCUUUAUCGAAUAUGAGGAGGCAACAGAUCUGUAUGGCGAAGCUUUUUAGACGGAUAAAAGAACUAAAACCAGUAAUGCAUAUCAUUCACAUUUUAACAAGUAAGAUGAUCCAUUUUCUUCACCAGACACAAUAUUAUUUUCUUUUUGAAGUACUAGAAUGUUCUUGGGCGGAAAUGCAAAAUCAAGUAAAUAAAGCUGAAAGUUUAGAUGAUAUAAUAAUUGCGCAUUCAGGAUUUCUCAGUUCAGUACAAAGGGGGGUACUUUUGGAUGAAGGUUCUAGGCAACUUUUUGCACAUUUGAUCUCUAUUUACAAUUUUGUAAUGAAUUUGGAAGGUCAUCAAGAAGCUCUCUAUCAGGCCUGUGCGGAUGAACAUACGGCAUAUACUAAAUAUCGCAGCCGAAUAAAUAGUGAAGACGGAUUCGGUACAGAUAAGGAAGCUGAUACUGCUCAUAGGUCACGAAGAGCCACGUUUCAUCAAUUUCUGCACACAACAAAAGUUAAAGUUAAACAUUCAUCACAAACGUACGAUAUUAUAGUUAAAAACUUUUUGGAACUGCUUUCAAAAAGUGCCAACAUGAAUUUGCGACUACUAAGCGUAAGAUUGAGUUUUAACAACUUUUACAACGUUGCAUGACCUGAGCAUCAUGGAGCUAUGACUGUAACCUGCAAACUAGAGCCACACGAAGGUGAUAUUAGUAUAUUUUCCAAUACUUCUCGUGAAGCUUUCGAUACUAAUCACAGUAACUCAAGCACUUCCAAUGGUUCCGACGCUUCUCCCGAUGAUGUAAAUAUUCUUCCUACCAAUUGUAAUUUUAAUAAUAGCUUUGCGUCUCGAAGCUUUAACGAUACAAAUGAAAACGACUUGACAAGU